UAAUUGGGUUGAUUUUAGACAUACCCAAUUUUUUUACUAGGACUGUAAUGUUUUGCCUUUAUUAAAUCCAUUAAAUUCUCAUCAUUCAUUCUGCUUAUUGUAUUCAGAACCUGUAGAAGAAGUGAAAUUCAACAGCAGCAUGAAAGAAGCAGCAGCAAUACCAUAUAAUCUAAGAUGUAACGGUCGCGUAGUCGGCGAGCGCUAUUUGAGGCCCAGACAAGUCCAGCUUGAUCAUAGCUCCAACAAACCACUCUCAGUCAAUCAUAGCUCCAAGAAACGUCGCCCCAGACGCAGACAAAAGCCUUGUGAUCCCCCUUUACCUGAAUGUGAUAAAGACGAAGAGCCCUCUUUACCUGAAGCUGGUAAGGACGAAAACGCCCCUUUACUUGAAGGUGGUAAAGAUGAAAAAAAGGAAAGGAACAUGUUUGUUAAAGGCGCUAAGAGAGGCACUGAACCUGUAGAAGAAUAUCUCAGGCAAAUGAGAAGGUACUUUAUUGAGACUAUGUUUCCGUAUCCAUUAGCUGCAAUGAAACACUACAACUAUGGGCUAAAAGAGGAAGAGCAAUACAAGGUUACUGAUACUCGUGAUGACCUGUGCCGUUUGUUUAAAAAACUUGGCUGUAUACGUCUACUGCACUUUAUAGCUGAGCCUAAAUAUCCUAAAAACACGCCCAAUACAUCAGAGGAUACCACUAAGCACUUCUAUGCCCGGAUGCAUCAAAUGCCUAAUCGUGAAACUCAUGUGGAUUACUGUAAACUGUAUGAAGAACCUCCAGAAGGUACCUUUAUUACCCAAGUCAUUCCCUUGUGCUGUGAAACUUGUGGUCUUAAGGAUCUGAAAGCCCUUGAGUCAAAAUCAAUGGAACUGAGGUUUAUUCUCUCUUUUAUUUUGGAAUUGAAGUGCCGAAGGUGGAGGAGGAAAGGAGGAGUAUUGGGAUGGUUAUUACACCUCAACUCCUCCAAAAGUUAUGGUGGCACGCAGAAGAAACCCAGAGGUCUUAGCAGAACAAGCCGCCAGGAGAAAGAGAAAGCGUUGAAUGGAUCUUAGAAGACCUUUGGAAGAUUUUCUUCCAUUUUUGGUUCGUCUGGUCCGCAUGAAGAGGCAAGGCCCACUGUCUCAAUGAAACACGUGAUGAAGUUUUUGAAUCUGCCAAGGAGUCUUAGCUCACAUGCCAUGCAAUCCAAGAAAAAAAAUUGUGUGGGUGUAUGUUGCACACUCCCAAUCCAUCUCGGGUACCUAGAAUUGGGGUUGGCAUGAAAGAAUUUUAUGGGAUUUGGAUCCUCUAAAGUUUGAUUUUCAUUUUAGAGAGUAAAGUGUAAUCUUCUACCCUUAAAUAGUUUCUCUUUCAUAUUUAUUAUUGGUCCCACCUAUGAAAUCA